AUGGCUGGGAGAUACAGAUGGAAAGCCUGCACUGAAGUGAAGGAACAGGCGGGAGAGGAAGUGAAUGUGGGGGAGGGGAAGGUUGGGGUGAGUGGCUGGGAGGAGAGAAGAAACUAUGAUCAGGUAAAAUUUGAUAAGAAGAGAGAAACAGCUCUCCGCCUGAUUGCCGCCAUCUUGGACACGAGUCGUGUGCAGCCCAUUAAGCUCGCUAGGGUAACCAAAGUUCUGGGCAGGACCAGUUCGCAGGGACAGUGCACGCAGGUACAUGUGGAAUUUAUGGAUGACACCAGCCUCUCCAUCAUUCGAAACGUCAAAGGUCCCGUUCGAGAGGGAGAUGUGCUCACCCUAUUGGAGUCAGAAAGGGAGGCUCGGAGGUUGCGCUGA